UUUACCUUAGCAACUGUAGAGUAGCCGAAGAGUGAGACUGAUUAGCUCGCUAGCGUCAGUUCUGUAAUAAGCGCAAUAGAUACAAACGAAGUAUUCUUUUAUAAAUAAAAACGUGUUUGUAAACGGUGUCGGACAAUGGACUUUGAGUCUUUGCAUUACUCGCUGGAUUUAGCCGCGGCUAAUGGUUUGACUCUGAGCAGCGAGCAGAGAGCCGCUCUUCAGACCUCGCUCGUCAUUCUCAAGAGAAACUACAAAUUCAGCCGGGUUUUGUUUUGGGGAAAGAUUUUGGGGCUAAAAUGCGACUACUUUAUUGCGCAAGGAGUUGAAGAGGACGAAAUGAAGAACAGAAAGACUUUGUACAGCUUGAACUGCAUGGAUUGGCACCUGCUCCCCCCAGCCACCGAGUCCAUGAUUGCAGAUGUGGCACUAGCAGCACAGGGGAGAUUCACAGGCGACCCGUCCCAUGAGUACGAGCACACAGAGAUGCGCAUUAAGGGAGAGGGGGACGACGCCGCAGAGGAAGAGGUCACGGUGAAAGUGAAUGAGGCGAGUAGAUUGGCAACAACUGUGUCAAACAUCAGUAAAGAUGCGUCUGUAGUGCCACGUGGUGCAUUUACCAAGAGCCCCUGCGGCAAAGUGCAGGCAAACCGAAGCUUUGGAGGUCUAGAUCCUGUUGAGGCUGCGAAACUGCACAGCUAUCUGCACUUCCAUGAACCGGUUAACCUGAAAAAGAAGUCCAUCUUGGAAAUGUCUCACCUGAACCCUGCUAUUGACUUUCUAGAUCCUUUGAGCGAGGAUGUUCCCAAAGGGUCAUGGUGCCUCCAGCUUGAGCGGGGCGGCACUGUGUGUGUUUUACGCAGUUUGCUCUGGCUGGGUCUCACCUUCUUCCAUGUUCCCCAGACCCCGCAGCAUGGGCACAUCUACAUGGGAGACGGACUUAUGAACCUUGACCUGCCCUUCAUGUUAUAGCAGCCAAAAGGACUUUAAAAGACAGCAAAUGCUUUAAUCUUACUCAAAGUUAAUGUCCAAUCAACUCUGUGAUUUACUU